UUCACUUCAAUCAGCGUGCUAAAGGAAGAUGAUUAAGAUGACAAAACAAAGGAAGAGAACAGAAAAGCUUAGCGACUCAGUAACAUUAUUCACAACUCAACAUCGCCACAUCAAGAACGGUCGGUUAAAAGAAACUACUUUCCAAUCAAGAAAAAGUCAUUAAGAUGUUCUUCAAAACUCUCUUUUUCAUUGGUUAUCUUUUGGCCACGGUCAAUGCAGGAAAAUGGAGAACAAUUGCAUUGAACAAGUGCAUUGGGGCCAAAAACGAUCAAUAUGCUGAAUUUUCAUACCCAGGCCUUUCGCGGUUUAUCAUUGCUCUAAAGUUACAUCAUACCACUGGAAAGGUUGGAUGUGUUCUUUCAACCCAAAGCAACUGGGGCUGCCGGCCACCACACCCAAUGAACAUUAUCAUUACAGACACAAGAAAUAAACGUAUAUUUCCUGCACCGUCUUUGAUUACACCCAGCACUAAUGGCAACUGGUAUAUUUUGCCGGGAUACAAUUCUAACUCGCCGAGUAUCACCUUUGCUGUACCAGGUUUCCGAUGGUUGUAUCAUGGUCAAACAUUCAGAAUCUGGUACGGAGAAGAUCUGCUAGGAUAUACAGAAAGUGACAAUCAUGGAAAAACUUGUAUGAAUGUACUCGUUUACACUACAUGAGAAUGUACAUUUACUCAUUUUAAAAUUUUGUUGUUGUAAUCCGAAUAAAAAAGUAUGUUAGUCUGUUUAGUUUACUAUGGCAGUAUGGCUAUAUGUUAGAUGACAGGUUUCCAAUAAGAAAUAUGCAUAAACGAGAAAAUAAAAUAUAUCGAUUCUUCUUAGCUGUAA